GAUCGAAUUUCUCGUGAGCUGGAUUUGGGCCGGACUCGGAUAAUUUGACGGAUUUCGGCCCAAGAGGAGAGGUUUGAGACCGAACCCGUCCGUUACUGUCGCCAUGGCAUCUGGUCUUUUCUCCCGCCGUCCCGGUCCCGCCAGAAAAUAUUUCACGGCGGGACUACUGCCAUCCUGGUCGCGGCGCUGGGGCCACGCUGCCUCCGGUCACCCUUCAAGAUGAAUCCAUGUCUUGUGCUGCCUUGAAGCUGUCUACCCAUUUCGGAUUUUGGAAUUAUGGUUGUCAACAGAAUGCACAUCGGUUUCUCCGAGAGUACCCAACAGAUAUGUCUCUUGAUCAUGUUCUUGCUGGUGAACGCGUUAUUGUUCCUUGGUCUUGAUGUUGAUGUCUUGUUCGUGUUGAUCCAAGUCCCAACUUCGAUCACUUGGGUAACUUUCAUAUUCAAGGAACAUUCGAGGGAUGCAAUAAGUCAAAUUUAUAAUAGCUAUUGAGAUUAUUCUUCCGAUUCAGUUUGUACAAUACUGCUGAAGGGCUACCGUUGAUGGAACAGAACUUUUGCAUCGAAAAUGUGGAUCCUUGCACUAAUUUCAUUAGCAGUAGGGUGUAUAUACGGGACUAUCAGCUUCACUAUCUUGUUGGGGAACUUAUGACUUAGAUGAAGACAGCGGAUCCCAUAAAUGCGAAUCCGGAAUAUAAUAUCUCUUCAAUAUGCUGUUGUGAUUGUGGCAUCCUAUUGGAAGUAACGAAGCGAAAGCUUUUGUUUCAUCGUUUCUCUCAAAAAUUAAACACAAAAUAUUCCCAUGAGACUUUGAAAACUAUGAAAGGAUAUGUAUUUAUCUACUGGACUGAAAACCAGAGAGAGACAUGGCUCUUUUAUUUUGCCUAUAGAAAAUAUUUUCCCUUUCUGUUUCUGAUGACCAAAAAAAGAAUUGGAUGACUGCAGCUAUGUGGAGGAAGAAAGAUUUCUCAUUGUAUUCGGUUUCUUUUGGAUUGCUGAGAGUCCUUGCCUUUUUUGUGCUAAUCAUAAUUUGCUUGGGAGGUGAGUUGUCAGAAACCGAAUCUUUCUUCAAUUUCAUUAACGUAAUUGAUCCCAACAAAGCAGUCAGUAUAAGCUGGAAUGCAUCAGCGAGAGAAUUUUGCUCGUACAAUCAGAGGUUCUUGGACUGCAACUUAGAGGAUGGAAGUAUUGUUGGAAUAAGACUGGAAAGUUCAUGUCUUGCUGGGGUUAUCGAUGGAGCCUCUCUUUGCAGCCUCCUGAAUUUGGAAUAUGUCAACUUAGCUAAUAAUCUCAUACAUGGCAGUAUUCCCGAGUCGAUUGCAAACUGCAGGAGUCUGACCUCUCUAAAUCUGAGCAACAACCAAUUGAGCGGGAAGAUCCCAGUAGCUCUCCAAAGGCUGAAAAGUCUGAAGAGCUUGGACAUUUCUAAGAACCAUUUUAGGCAGAAUAGCCAACUUCUCAUUGCAGGUAGAGAGCUCUAUGAGGAUUUUCUGAAGUCAAGAAAACUAUCAAGUGCCGAGAGCCCUGUGACAAGCAAAUCAGCUUCACCAUGGUACAAGUGGCUCGGUUGGAUCCCUGUAAUCCUCGGGAUCGGAUUCUUCCUUUGGUUUACAUGCUUUGCAAGUAGGAAUGCUGCCAAGUUGGCAAGAGAGAAGGAAAUCUUGAAAGCGCUCCGGGAUUCUCCCGUUGAAGUUCUUCCAACAAAGCCGCCAAUUCAGGAAACCAAACCAGAAGAAGAGAGGCGAGCAGAGCUUGUGUUCUUUGUUGAGGAGCAGGCGGCUUUUAAAAUGAACGAUCUCCUUGAAGCAGGGGCGGAUUUGCAGAACCAAAACCUCUGCAGUAGCCUCUACAAGGUGGUUCUGAAGAACAAUGCUGCGUAUGCUGUCAAGAGACUGAAGAAAUUGCAGGUUUCAUUCGAUGAAUUUGGACGAACGAUGAGAAAGAUAGGCUACAUGAAGCAUCCAAAUAUCCUACCUCUGGUCGGGUACAACUCUACAAAUGAGGAGAAGCUUCUCAUGUACAAUUACCAGGACAAUGGGAGCCUCCUUCAUCUGUUAGACAAUUAUGUCGAGGGCAAAAGGGACUUUCCUUGGAGGUUACGCCUCUUGAUAGCUCUUGGGAUUGUGAGGGGCUUAGAAUUCAUUCACCAGAAGCCCGAUCCAAUCCCUCAUGGGAAUCUCAAGCUAUCAAAUAUUCUCUUAGACGACGACAUGGAGCCACUGAUCAGCGAGUACGGCUUCUCGAGAUUCACGGACCCAAACAAAGCCAGUCUUUACUCAUCUAACGGAUACAUGGCCCCCGAGAGAUCCCUGUCAGAGGCUGCAGAUGUCUACAGCUUUGGAGUGAUCCUUCUGGAGCUACUUACUGGGAAGACAGUCGAGAAGACCGGGAUAGACCUUCCCAAAUGGGUCAAGUCCAUGGUGAGAGAGGAGUGGACUGGGGAGGUCUUCGAUAAGGAGGUGAGUAGAUCAGCAAAACAGUGGGCAUUCCCCCUCUUGAACGUCGCCCUGAAAUGUGUCUCAGUGGACCCCGACAGCAGGCCCUCUACCUUGGAGGUCCUGGAGAAGAUCGAGGAGGUUGCAGGCAUACCAGGGGAGGUUCCUGCUUCGCCUUCUUGUUCCAUCGAGUCUAGCCACCAGGACUGCUGUCUGCUGCAUUCAGUUAUACCGGAGACCUGGGAUACCCCAGGAUCAAAUUCCUGAAUAACACUUUUUUUACCAUGAAACUGCUUUUUUAUAAAUUUGGUCGAAGGGUAGUCUAGUUUCCUCGGAGGCUCAUGUUUUCUCGCAAAUUCUCCAGAGAUCCUGUUCUUUGUACAAUCUUUUAGCACAAGCAGCCCUUGUCUAAAGGCAGUUCAUGCUUGUAUUCUCUGGGGGGGAUGACUCUGCUUUUGGUUCAUGCUUCUAUUAAUAUUUUCUGGAAAACUAUGAAAGAAAUGCUACAUCGAGAAUAAUCCAAACUUCCGAGAACACGGAAAACUCUUACACAUGA